AUGGGAAUAGAGAAUUACUUUUUGAAAUAUGUUAAAGUUACAUAUCUUAGUAGGAGAAGAAGUGAAAUGAUAAAAACUAUAGAAAAUUUGAAAAAGAAUAUUUAUACAUAUAAUAAUUAUAGUUGUAAGAAUAUUAUUUACCACAUGAAUGAAGAUGAAGAAAAUUUCAAAAAUCAAUUUAAUGUUAAAAUUGAUGAAAAUAUUUUGAAUAUACUAAACUUGAUUAACCCAUUGAAUUUAAAUAAUGAGAAAAAUAGUGAGUUACCUAUUUCUAAUAAUAUAAAUAAAGAUUAUAACAAUUUAAAAGAGAAUAAUAAAAAUAUAUCUGAUGAGAAUAGUAUUAACAAAAAUUAUUUAAACAAAAAUAUUAUGAAUGAUAAAAAUACCUAUAUAUUAAAAUAUAAAAUAAAUCAUAUAAUUGGCAAAAGAGGAAAAAGAGAGCAGUAUAGAUAUACCUAUUUGAAAUCACCAUUCAAAUAUAAAUAUGCAUUAAGACAUUACGUUUUUGAAAAAUAUAAAUAUCAUUUUUACUUUUAUAACAUUACCCAUUUUAAUAUAAAUAUUAUUUUUAAUAUAAUUUUAUCAUCUAUGACUAGUAACACAUCAGUAAAAUGCAAUAUUAAUUGGUUUUAUCCCGGUGAUAACUUAUUUGAUUCUAUGUUUUUUAGAAAAUCAUUUAACAUUUUUAUUGAAAAUAAUAUUAAAUCAUCUAUAAUGAAUUCCAAUAUAAAAAAUCAAAUGGAAGAAUUAAAAAAUUUAGAGGAAAGAAAUAAAUUAGAACACCAUUUCUAUGAUAUUAAUUUAGAUUUAAAUAAAUAUAAUAUACAAGAUUUAUUACCAUUAUUUUUAGAAAAUAAGCUAUUUAGUGAAAAUUAUAAAAAAUUAAUUUUAUUAGAAGAAAAAAGUUUUAAACAAAUGAAAAAAAAAAUUCGUAAAAAAAAUGUACAUUGGUUCUUAAAUAAAAACCCAAAUGUUUAA